UUACUUCGGAAUCACAAACAAACCCCCAAAGUCAAGUCAUCCAAAACGCGGCAAUUCCAACUACCUCUUCCCUUAAAAGCAAGCCCUCCACUCCACAAUAAACCCAUCUGAAAAACUUUCCCGGAAAGUCUCCUACACUUUUCCUCCCUCGGCCUCUUUUCUCUCUCCCCAAACACCCAGAAAUGGCGCUGGAGUGGGUAGUGCUAGGCUACGCCGCGGCCGCAGAGGUGGUAAUGAUCCUCCUGCUGACCCUUCCAGGCCUCGACCCUCUCCGCAAGGGCCUCGUCUCCGCCACCAGAGCCCUCCUCAGACCCUUUCUCUCAGUGGUCCCGUUCUGCCUCUUCUUGCUCCUCGACAUCUACUGGAAGUACGAGACAAGGCCGUCGUGUGAGUCCGGCAGUGCCUGCACUCCAUCGGAGCAUCUUCGCCACCAAAAGUCCAUCAUGAAGAGCCAGAGGAAUGGGGUUUUGAUCGCUUCGGCGCUGCUCUUCUACUGGGUUUUGUACUCGGUGACCAGUCUUGUGGGUCGGGUGGAGGAGUUGAAGUAUCGGGUCGAGAAGUUGAAGGAGGAUUGGGAUUAGUAUGGGUGAGAGGAAAAUGGGAUUGGAGGUGAGUUUUCUCUUGUCAAUGAGAUAAUGAAAGAACAGGCAUUAUUUAUAAAUAGGGCUAGUCUCUGUAUUGUUCGAAUUAGAAUCAUCAAUAAAUAGAUAUAUUUAUUCUCUGCUCUCUAUAUUUUAUGAUGAUUUCAAUCUAUCAAUAAAUUGUACACUGGGACGGAGGUAAGAAUUUAAUCUAAGGGAUUAGGCUGCACUGGCCUUUUCUUAGGGAGCCACAAUUAAUAAAGACCCGUCUGUACUUAGAGUCAUC